AGAGGAAUUUCUCGAGCGUGGAGACCGGAUACCCCACUUUGAUUUCAUUCUCUCUCUCUCACCGCAGAGCACAUCACCCUUCUUUCUCACUCUUUCUCUGUUCUUGAAUCCUCAUUUCGAUUUAUGCUGGGAAUGCAGUGUAAUCGAAGGUUUAUAUAUAAUGCUGAUCUGUACUGAAUAAAAAGAAAAUCUUGAAAGAUGGAAGAAAUACAAUCUCAAUUGGAUCAGUACAGAUCUUCAUCAUCUUCAGCAAGUAGUCCCUCGAAUCGGGUACCAUCAUCAUCAAUCAAUAAUUUCUUUUACUCUAGGAGGCCCGGUACAAUCAGGCAACCGAUCUCCUUCGAAGAUUCGCCCGUCUGGGAUGACACUGACAUUGAGGUUAAAGUGGAUGACGGGGGCGAAUCUGUCAAUCUUGCAGCUGCUCAGGUCUCCCCAUUCCUUGCAAGACUUAACAGCGAGACGUUGGCACCAGUGAAGAUGACUGUUUCUGGUGCUUCGGUUGCUUGGAAAGACUUGACGGUUACCAUAAAGGGUAAGAGGAAAUACUCGAAUAAGGUGAUCAAGACUUCAAGUGGCUAUGCAUUGCCAGGAACUAUGACUGUCAUCAUGGGUCCCGCCAAGUCGGGAAAAUCAACACUUUUGAGAGCUCUUGCAGGUAGGUUGCCUAAUUCAGCCAAAAUGUAUGGUGAAGUGUUUGCAAAUGGCUCAAAGUCUUACAUUCCAUAUGGAUCUUAUGGAUUUGUUGAGAGGGAAACAACACUUAUAGGAUCUUUGACAGUUCGCGAGUUCCUCUACUACUCGGCAUGGCUUCAAAUCCCACAUUUCUUUUGGCAGACAAAGGAUGUGGUUGAGGAUGCCAUCGUUGCAAUGUCACUGGGAGAUUGCAGUGACAAACUAAUCGGCGGUCACUGUUGCAUGAAGGGCCUUCCAAAGGGUGAGAAAAGGCGCGUUAGCAUUGCUAGGGAACUUGUGAUGAGGCCACAUGUUAUGUUCAUAGAUGAACCCCUUUAUUGUCUCGACAGUGUUUCUGCACUCCUAAUGAUGGUUACACUGAAGAGGCUCACAAGCAGUGGAUGCACCCUAAUUUUCACCAUUCACCAGAGCAGUACAGAAGUGUUUGGUCUCUUUGAUAGAAUUUGCCUCCUUUCAAAUGGAAACACGCUGUUCUUCGGAGAAACACUAGCUUGUUUGCAGCACUUCUCCAAUGCUGGAUUUCCCUGCCCAAUCAUGCAAAGUCCAUCUGAUCACUUUCUGCGCGCAAUCAACACCGACUUCGACAGGAUUAUCUCAACCUGCAAAAAUUGGCAGGAUGAACCAGGAGAUUCAUCUGCAGUGAACAUGGACACUGCUGUUGCAAUACAGACACUUGAAGUGACAUAUAAAUCUUCAGAUGCUGCAACUGCUGUUGAAAGCAUGAUAGUGAAGCUCACUGAGAGGGAAGGCCCGUUACUCAAAAGCAAAGGACGGGCAAGCCUUACGACGCAAAUCGUAGUAUUGACAUGGAGAUCUGUGUUGAUCAUGUCAAGAGAGUGGAAAUAUUACUGGCUUAGGUUAAUCCUAUAUAUUCUUUUGGCUCUCUCUAUCGGCACUGCAUUUUCUGGGCUUGGCCAUUCCUUGUCAUCUGUUGUGACAAGAGUUGCAGCAAUAUUUUUAUUCAUAUCAAUGUCCUCUCUUCUGAGCAUAGCUGGUGUACCUUGUUUAGUGAAGGAAAUCAAGAUAUAUAGGUGUGAAGUUUCGAACCAGCAUUCCGGGGCUUUAGUUUUCCUGCUUGGGCAGCUAAUCUCCAGCAUUCCCUUCAUGUUCCUCAUCUCCAUUUCGUCGAGCUUAGUGUUUUAUUUCGCCGCCGGGCUGCGCAACGAGUUCAACUUGUUGAUGUACUUUGUGCUCAACUUCUUCCUCUGCCUCUUGGUAAACGAAGGAAUGGUCAUCUUCUUCUCUUCCAUCUGUCUAGACGUCUUCUCCACCACGAUAACCUUAGUCUCAAUACAUGUGCUCAUGAUGCUUACGGUUGGAUACUAUAGAAUCCGACACGACUUGCCAAGGCCGGUGUGGAUGUACCCUAUGUCCUAUUUGGCAUUUCACACAUACUCUCUCAAGGGACUCUUGGAGAACGAGUACUACGACACUUCAUUUGAUGAUGGAACGGGGAAGAGCUUGUCGGGGUACGAGGCUCUCAAAAAUAUGUACGACACAUCUGUUUACACUGAUGCAAAAUGGGGAAACAUGUUGGUGUUGCUUGCCAUGGUUGCUGCGUAUCGCGUGCUUGUUUUCGUGUCGCUACAUUUUUGUGCCAGGAAAAGAAUGUCCUCUCUGAAUAGACUUUUCCCCUUUAGGUAAAAGAAGAAAAAGAUUAUACUACCUCCGUACCAGAGUAUUUGUCCACUUUCAUUUUUAUAUAUCAUCUAAUACACUUCUUUAAUCCAU